AUGGAGCGAGCCAUCUCCCCGUCGCCCAGCAGCAGCUUGGAUGUCGGCAAGCCAAGUGCAGCAAACCCGCAGCAGCAGCAACAGCAGCGCAGCCUCGUCGCCGAACGCAGAGCGUCGUACCGCCUCUUUCCCAUCGUCGAGCCAACGCCCCCCGCCAGUCCCGUCACUCUGCAAAGAGUCUCUCUUGGCAAAGCCGCCGGCAACCACCGACGCCGAUCCUCAUCAUUGGACCACCACCAUGUCGCCAAAGACCAGCCCAGUGCAGCAACCGGACACGCGACCUCGUGGGCCAGCGCGCUGCGAUUUCGGGAAAACAGCAGCAGCAAUAACAGUAGAAAGGGCAGCCUGCCCGACAUCCUACCCCUGCGCGCCGUGAAAGCGUCGAGUGGUGAUGUCUCCGCCAAGCUUCAGGCUUUGCCUCCUCGCCCCCAUACCGCCGUGGACCGUGCUCUAGAAGGAAGCGUUGGUGGCCGUUCCAAUAGCGUCACAGAGGCAUCGACGCUGGGAGAUUGUUCUGCUCCUACGGGGCUCGAGCAAGAUAGAGAAAACCACGCUGUCGCCGGCCGCGGUCUUGGUGUCAACUUUCCUCACACCCCUGCUCUUCAACCAGGGCGCCGCGUGCGAUCGAGACCAAACCUACGCAUUGCCGUCUCCGCGGAUCACGACCACGACGAGCAGCGCCCACCGCCCCCUCCAAAGUCUCCGCGGCACGCACGUGACGGGUCCGACGAGUCGCAACAACAACAUACUACUCCGGAAAGACAUCACGCGAUCAGCAACACUGCUCAUGUCCGAGACGAUUCCGACACUCCCAGCACCCCAUCCGUCGCCCAGAAACAGGCCCUCGUCUCCCUCAGUCCUACGCUCAAAGUCCGCGAGUUCACGGUUUCGCCGGUUGCUCGCGGACGAACUGUCCGGAAGGAAACCCCAACGAAGAUGCACGAGCUCUUGCCCAGUGACUUCUUGGAGGAUAAGCCAUUGCCACCGGUCAUUGGUGAUACAUUGCAGCCGCCAUCGAGCAAGUUCAAGGACCAGACAGCACGUCCAGUCACGAGUGAAGGGACAAACGAUGCGUCGACUGUUUGGCCCGGCGGUUCCAUACCUCCACCGCAACGACAACCGCCCUCCAGACCUACCGAGACCCGACCGGCGGAUCAAAACAGUAAUCGAUGGAGUCGCAUGAUGAAGUCAAGCGCAAAGAGCAAAAGCACCCAGGACCUUCACACCCGUUCGAUCAGUCCCGAAGUCCACCCACUCGCCUCGCAUCCGGUCAAGUCAGACUGGAGCGACCUGCCUUCGUUUGCAUCGCGCCCAGUCCAGCGGAGCACAACACCUGAGCCUCAGGCCACGCGAUCUGAUGACGCUGACAUCACCAGGACUGUGCCGUCAAGGAUACACCUCACAAGCCGGAACAAGUCGUCAGGUAGCGUGGAACAAGCAACGACGGACUACAUGCCACCCGAAUCACUUUCCAAAGCCGGCCUUGCGCUUGCCGUGGCGGGGGCGAAUGUCGCGGCUCUGCGAAACUCGAAUGCUUCUGCUGGAAGUUCUGGCGCCGACCACAGGAGUAGAUCGUCAGGUUCUGACAUUGGCACGCUCAGCAGACAUCCUUCCGAUGGCCUUUCUAGGAGACCAUCCAGUCCAGGUGCAACAGACCCGGUCGAGACAUUGAAGGAUCUGAGCGAGCAAGUGGAAGCACUGCACGCACGUUACACUGGCCUAAAGGCUGAGCGACAAAAAAUCUCGGCCUCCAUCAUUGCAAGUCUUAAAGACCAGAAAUUUGGACCAGAAUCUGCCAACCUCAUUCUUGACGAGCAGUUGUCCCUGGCAGCGGUCAGCUCCUCGAUUGACAUUUGCUUUGCCAAGUUGAAAUCGCUGGAAUGCAGGAAGGAAGACGCUAUUGCAGCACUGAUCGCCAGAACAACACAGGCACAGAAGAGCCCGACUGAAAACAUCUCGGCAAUGAUUGCGUCAAUGGCAUUGACUCGAAAAGCAUCGCUGGCGCCAUCCGACUCUGGAAGCCGAUUUGCUCCCACUGGACGCUCCACGCCUGAUCUAGUGGAUAGUUUUAGCUCUAAUCGCUUGACGCAACCCAGUACUCGAACUUUCUCCUACGGAAGCGAACCGGAAACUCUGGACUAUCGCAUGUCAUCGUUAUCACGCAAGCACUCGAAUGGAGGUGAAAGCAUUGUGUAUGCAGAGGGCGUGGAGCGACAAACACCAGCGACCAUACCUGAAGAUUCAGAGAGUCCCAGAUCGCAGCGCGUCUCAAGGAUCCACGAGACAGCCAGUGAUCUGAACCAGAGGACUUCUGAUGUAUCAGCAUUGAGCCCUGUGCUUGAAGGCCACCCGCGACGUUCACUGUCGGAAGCAGCUCUUCAUUCCGUUGACGAGAAGGAACGAGUAGAGCUUGUGCAAAGCUCAUCAUCUGCCACUCCUCGUGAUCCCUCACCCACGUCGGAGAGAUCGAUGUCACCGGAUGAGUUGCUCGAUGAGCGCCCCAAGAAGAUCCGCGUAAACGGCUCCAAGGCGGCGAAGAUUCUGGGGCUACUUGGAAACUCCGCAGACGGCAAGGACUCGCCGUUGAUCAGACUUCCAGAUGAGAAGAAGGCUCCUGUGAAGGUGUCGGAGGUUGAAGUUGAACUGUACGACUCCUCAAAGUUGGAAAGUCUUGACGACACCAACGCCUCUCUCCUCUCUGUCCGCACCAAAGACACUGAAGGCUCUAUAAUUACCACGGACACGCAGGCGUCGUCCGAGCCGCAGAACCUCGAAGACCAACUCAAGUCAUUCCCUCGACCAAAUCCCAACACACUCUCCACCCACUCGUCGGACAUGUCGGACGGACGACGCGACACGGGUGGCUCAUUCCUCACCAACGGUUCAUCGGCAGAAUCUUCCUGCGAGCCAGACGAAGCCGAGCCUCCACCUUUGAACACAACACGCCUAGGCAGAGGCGAGAAACUUUUAUCGACCAACAAGCCGAUGACCGACAUGAGGAAACGUGACCCUUCAGCACAUACCAUCCAGGUGUAUCUGGAGCAUGACGAACUUUUGGAUUACUACAACCGCAUGAGACGCUGA